AUGUCAAUAGUGGAGGAGGAACAAGCAUGCGACCUACUCUUUGGAAAGAAAGAACGACGUCGAUUCACCCUAAACAGAAACUUUGUGGGCGAUUACAUCGGUUUGGAACAUCAUCCAGCCCUACAGAGUCUUGUUGGCAAACGGGAGCGGGUGGAUUUUGCGCAUACUGUAAAUAAAUAUGAUCGUCGGUUCAAGGAUGAUUUUAUGGUUAUACAUGUGCGGGAAAGCUACAGUUCUUUGUUGGAGACACCCUUCAAAACCGAGUUUCUCACUGCAUUGAGUAAACACUUCAAAGAACGAACGCGAGGUGGCACCCUACAGCUUGAAUUUGCUACAACGCACACUAUCAUCCUGAAGAAAUCUAAAUUUGGCGGAGGUACUCGGCAAAUUACAUUCCAUGCU